UCCAUUCUUCCAAAAAACUUUUGCAAGACAGAAAACAUGUCUGGUGCAUUUGAGGUGGAUAAGGAUGGCAAUUUGGUAUUCCAUCAAAAUCAAAAUAGUGAACCUGAUGAGUUCCAACAAUUUCAGAAACAAUUCAAUUCUUCAAUGCAAUGGGGAGUGGCCUUAUCUGUUGUUUCUGGUUUGGUGGCGACCAUUGCAAUUGUAGCCAUCGUAUAUGCCAUCAUUGAUUGCUUGAAAAAGACCGGAAGCGCUAUUCCGGCAUAUGCCCGGAUAGCCAACGGUUACAGCAGCAUCGACAAGUCUUCUAACGCAAAUCAUUCAUCCGACGAUGUAGCAAUCGACUUAACACCCGAAUUGCAACAAGUUCGAAGCUCACAGGUUGGGUUUCCGACGGUAAGGGGGUUUCUUAGCAACAUGGCGAGGGAGAAGCCGGUAGCCUUUUCACCCAAGCAACUUGCAGAAUACACAGAUAACUACUCCACCAUAUUGGGUUCAGGUGGCUUUGGAGUUGUCUUCAAAGGGAUUCUCCCACAUGGAGUGCAAGUCGCUGUCAAGGUGCUUACUAACACUAGGGAUAAGAUAGUUGAAGAUCAAUUCAUGGCGGAAGUUGGCACCUUGGGAAGAACUUACCACAUGAAUUUGGUAAAACUAUACGGCUUCUGCUUUGACCACGAAAUGCGGGCACUUGUCUAUGAGUACAUGGAGAAUGGAUCACUUGACAAGUUCUUGUUUAGUGAGCAUAGAGAAAUAGGUUUGGAGAAGCUGCACGAUAUCGCAGUCCAAACAGCAAAAGGGUUGGCUUACCUGCAUGAAGAGUGCGAACAAAGAAUCAUUCACUAUGAUAUCAAGCCUGGGAAUGUGCUUCUCGAUAAGAAUUUGACUCCAAAGGUUGCGGAUUUUGGACUUGCCAAGCUUUGCAACAGAGGAAGCAGUGAAAUGUUGUUAACCAAGGGAAGAGGGACACCGGGAUAUGCAGCCCCAGAGAUGUGGAAGCCCUUUCCGGUGACUCAAAAGUGCGAUGUUUACAGUUUUGGUAUGCUUCUCUUUGAGAUUGUUGGAAGGAGGAGAAAUUUUGAUGAGGAUGUAAACGAGUCACGCGAAUGGCUUCCAAGGUGGAUCUGGAACAUGUUUGACAACAAUAAAUUAGAAGAGGCGCUGUCAUUUUGUGGGAUUGAAGAACAAGACAGAGAAAAAGCAGAGAGGAUUACAAUGGUAGCUCUGCUGUGCAUUCAGCAUUCACCAGAAGCAAGGCCUCUCAUGAGCAAUGUAGUGCAGAUGUUGGAGGGAGAUAAGGAAAUUGCUUCACCGCCUUCUCCUUUCCAGCAUUUGCAGUCACCGCAAGGAAAUUUAACACAAGAUAGUGGAACAGAUGAAGACUUGAGUUCAUCUGCAUCAGGCACAAAGACUUCUGAACAAUCCGAGCGCCAUUCUAAUACAGCUGUGCAGAACAGAUGUGAAAUUGAGCUAGCUGCUGUUUAACAGGUAAAGAGAUCAAUGGUUGCGCAUUUAAGUCAAAAGAACAAAUAUUAUUGUUGGUUUUGACACUUUAGUGAAAUGAUUUCAUUUAUUGUUGUUGAAUGUAAUGUAGUUACUGUAAAACAUGUAUUCUCAUUUUUCUGGUUUUUUGUAUACGAAAAGGUUGUUGGAACUCCACAUAGGACCCACCCGUUCACGUGGAUGUA